AUGCUCUUUGUGUUGGGAUUUAAGGCAUAUGUAAAGAUUGGACGGGCUUCUAAAAAGGGAUUCGUUCGCACCUUGACAGCUACCAAAGGUGUUUCAGCAUCACCGAAAUCCGUUCGACUGCCUCCGCGGGUGAAGCACGUAAUCAUUGGUGCGGGUGCUGCGGGUAUCAACGCUGCCCGAGCAAUUCGUUCGGUGGAUCCCCUCGCUCUGGUCCUCCUCAUCGCCGGCGACACGAACUAUGGGGAGGAACAGGUGGAGACGGAAGGAGGAAAGACCUACCCACCCCCAUAUAUUCGCCCUGUUCUCAGUGGUGGACUGUGGUGGCGCUCGCCGGAGAGACGCCAGGUUAUGUUGGAUCCACUGGGGGAUAUUCGCAGCCACUCCUGGUUCUACUAUGAACCGCUUAGUUUCUUUAUUGAGCCUGAGGAACUAUCAGAAGCCAAGGAAGGUGGCAUCUGCCUUCUUCGUGGAAACCCUGUAGUUGCCUUACACCCGAGACGUCACGCGAUCACCUUAGCCGAUGGUCAGGAGAUUCAAUACGAAUGCUGCCUUCUGGCCACUGGCGCUCGACCCCGUACAGUGCCAGAACUGGGUCAAUGUUCUCUCAGUGGUGUCGACCUCGUUGCUAACAAACGUGUCACGUACUUCCGCAAUAUCGCUGAUUACAAGCAUCUCCAAAGCGUCUCAGAUCGUCUUCACAAGAAUGGUGGUCGAGUGGCCGUUCUUGGAUCCAGUCAGCUAGCUUGUGAAUUGGCGACGAGCUUCCUGGAGGAACGUCGUCUCACCAAAGAGGAGAAGGAAGCCAACUCGCCAAAAGACUCUGCAGCAUUCCACGUUAAUCAAUUCCUCGGUUUUGCUGUCUCGCAUCCCAUGGAAGAUGUGUUGCCUCCAGUUCUUGCUCAAGCCGUUUCUGACUACGAAACUGAGCGGGGUGUGGUGUUAUCUCCCUCAACAACUAUUGUUCGCGCUUCUCUGGUGGAUCCAACCAAUCCUGCAGAGUCUCGCAUUCGUCUAACCAUUCACAAACGUGAGGAAGGAGGAGUUAUUAAGGAGGAAGAGGAUUUAAUCGUCGACCAUGUCGUUUGUGCCGUUGGAAAUGAGCCUCGAACGGAACUAGGCACUAAGGCUGGUUUGGAGCUGGAUCCGGUAAAUGGAGGCUUACUGGUGAAUAGUGAGCUUAAAUCUCGAGACAAUAUCUACGUUGCUGGAUCGGUGGCAUCCUACUGGGACUCCGAGUUGGACUGUCGCCGACGCGUUGAUCACAUUAGCGCUUCUGAGGAUACUGGAGAGUUAGCCGGUCUUAACAUGGCUCGGAGUGCUCCAUCUCCGUCUCACGAAGUUGAAGAUAAGUUGGCGGAGGCGUGUGUUGCUCCUGAAAAAACUUACGACCCUCUGCCCUCUGCUCGCAAGUAUCAAACUUCACUUUGGUUUAAUAUUGGUAAAGGUGCUCACUACGACUGCGUCGGGUUGGUCGACUCGAAGAAUCUUAUCACACGAACCGUCUUUUUGGAGGGCGAGGAGUCUUCGGCUGUGGUAUUCUACCUUCGUCCAGAGGAUAACCGAUUAAUGGGCGUCUUGCUGUGGAAUAUAACCGAUGAGUUAUUCAAAGAUCCUGAAUACGUGGCUCCGAGUAGGAUUAAUCUGGCCCGCAGUAUGGUAGCAGAUCGACUGAUCUUGCGUGAAGAUGACGACGUGUUGGAGUGUGCCAAGCAAUUUGAUUUAGGUGGUGAGAUCGCGGAGCACUAUGCGGAGUUGAAGGCCUUCAUUGAGGCGAAGAGAGCUGAAGACGAGGCAGCGUCGGCGGCGGUAACAGCGCUUACAGACAAGAAGACGGAGCCAACGGAGGCUUAUUCACAAGUUCUAGCUAGGACCAAAGAAGAAGUAGUUGUGGCAGAGACGCUUGAAAACAGUAACACUGUGUAG